AUGGACAGCGAAAAACGGGUUCAGGCAAGCUCGGCGACUGCAUUAGCAGCAAGCGCGGCCAAGGGUCCUUCGAGCCAACUCAGGCCUAUGCUGUCAGAGCGUCAUGUCAACAUGAUGAGCUUUUCGCAAUGCAUUGGCAUUGGACUUUUCCUCCAGACCGGACGGGUCAUCUAUCUCGUAGGCCCGGGGCUCGCCACAAUCUGUUUUGUGUUGGCUGGCACUGUGAUGUGGUCCAGCGCUGCAUGUCUAGGUGAGAUGGCAGCAUUAUUCCCAGUGAAGGGCCCCAUCAUUGAGUUUCCUCGACGCUUCCUUGAUGAGUCGUUAGGCUAUGCAGGAGGGUGGAUGACAUGGUUCUCUUGGAUAAUUCUCGUGUCUGCCGAACUCGUCGCCAUCACGCACAUAUUCCAAUUCCGAUACCCCCCAGAACUACUGGCGGAGGCAGAGUAUCCCGAGCCAACGCUGGAAUACCACCCGAGAGUCUCGCCGGCAGUUUUAGUGUUCUGCUUCCUCAUAGCCAUGGUACUAGUCAACAUGCUUCCAGUACGUCAGCUUGGCCGGCUUGAGUACAUAUUUGGUUUGAUUAAGAUGAUAUUCAUCGUCACGAUGAUCAUCCUGAACGUCAUUCUACAAGUUCGGCUGCCAACGGGCAAAGAGCCAAUGUGGACCUACAACAGCCCGUACUCCUUUGCAUCAACGAAUAUGACUCUGCCAAACGGGUAUGUUGUAUCAGGAGGUGGGGCACAAUUAGGCGCAGUAUGGGAUGCAUUGUCGUCAUGCUUGUUUGGUCUAAUAGGCUUCGAGACUAUUGCCAUAACCGCAGCCGAGAACAGAGACCUGAGAACCGAAGAAACAGUUAAGAUCGGUACACGGAAAAUUGCGCUACGCAUCAUAUUACUAUACGCUCUCGCUGCUUUUACCGUAGGAACGAACGUACCGUAUACUUAUCCUUUGCUCGAGGACAAGAAUGUCAUAUUCUUUGGAUACGGCCAUAACUGUGUAUGGGUCAUAUCAACAGUUCUGAAUCGACUCAAAGGCUGGCCACUCUUCAUCAAUGAUUUCAUCAUCUUCUCUGCCGCCACCGCCGGCGCUAAUGGUCUUUACAACGCCUCUAGGACACUUCAUGCCUUGGCAAGCAUCCCAGACGUCUGGCCGGACAUCAGGCCGAUCCAUUCUUUCAGACGUCGUCUAGAACGAACUAGCUAUGGAGUACCCCAUGCGGCUGUCUUUGUCAGUGCAGCUUUCGGAAUGCUGGGGUUGUUGGCCGUGAAUGAGAAUUCAGAGGUCGUACUUGGUCGAAUGGUCCGGUUCUGUGUUACGUCCUUGAUGAUUACAUACGGGCUUCUCGCAGCCAGCUACCUGUCGUUCUUUCGGAGUAUAAAAGCUGCAGCCGAGGGCCGAGACGAAAAUAUUGAGAAUAAGGACGCUCCUGAAAUCCGUCGAUUAUAUGACCGCGAUGGACCCCAGUAUCCUUACAAGUCACAUGGUCAAUACAUCCGUGCUUGCUACGCACUCUUUGGUUGCUCGGUCCUGAUUCUAUUCAACGGGUGGCGCACGCUUGUGCCCCCGACGGGUAUCCAGGACUUUGUUGCCUGCUAUAUCGCCCUGGUGAUCCUGGCCCUGAUCGUUGUAUUGUACCAGAUCAAGUUCUGGGGAUGGAAUCCGCUCGGGUGGCAAAGACGAGCCACAAAUGAGCUGCAGAUUCCUCGUCCAGAGAUAGCGACCUCAAUUCCCAGGAGAGGGGAGUUGGCACUCGUAGACACGGACAAUCUGUUCAUCAAGGGAAACGUGAAGCAAUUUGGAAGAUGGAUUUGGCGGGCCGUUCAGGACGAAACAAGGGUGGCUGUGGACGUGGACGUGGACGUAAGGGCAGCUGUGAGCCCGUGGGUUCUGGUUCGUAGAACCCCCGCAACUGCCGCGCCGCGGUGUACGUCGUUGGAGACGCAACGACAGGAGGUGCUGCUGGGGCAUAGUAUCCGGCUAGUUCUGGAUUCUCUACAUCUGCAGGCGGUGGGGGAUGUGGUGCCCGCGCGCUUGCAAAUGAGGACCGAGGUGUGA